AUGUCUUGGGACAACACAUCUUUCAAUCUUGAACUUAAUCGAGAAGAAGUUGAGGUUGUGGUGGUGCGAAUACUUCGACCAAGGUCCCGCAAGAAACCCUUACUUCCAGGACGAGGAUGGAAAUCCAAAACCCAACCAAGAGACACGUGGACGCCCUCUUGUUGUUUGUUCCAGUCGGUGCGUGUCGUAGUCGAGUCUUCGCUUUGGUCCAUUUCGUCUUCGGAUUUGCUGCUUUACUUUACACGGAGGAGUCUCGGAUCCGGGGGGUUGAGUGUUUGGGCUUAUGCACCCAUCACGUCCGACAUUAUGCCGUUCGAGGCCGGGGACCCAGAGGCUCCUUCUGAGUUCUGGAUGGGCACUCUCUGGAAGAACCUAGUGUCCAGAGAAGGGAGGGCGAAUAAUUCGACCCAAAGUCAAAUAUCGACACAACGUUCUAACCCUACACAGGAGAAAAAACAUCAGCUCGGAAAGUCCGCGAGGACCGGUGCCAUGGGUGCCGCCCUCGUACCUGUGCUCCAGAGAGUUCCACGUAUGGGAGAUGAACCGCGACACAUCCUCAUCAAAAACACACACACGAAAACGACGAUACGGACAGAUCUCCGCCUUUUCACAGUGAUAUCUUGCUCCCUUUGCGGAGAACACGACGUGCUUAUUCCUCGUAUUAUUCAUACCCUUCUGUUCCGACUCCGUAUUUUAGACAUUUUACAAGGAACACGACAUGGACGACGAUGA